ACUGUAAAGUUAGUAUUGUUUUAAAAUUACAACUUGUACCAUAUCUGCUACCAACCAAAACAUUGAUAAGAUCUUCUGACCCUAAAACUAUCAAAAAAAAUUGGAAACCCUCAUCAGUAGAGUCUGCGGCUGCUUUUAUCACACAUAUUGCUAACAUAUCUCAAUUAGAGGCUGAUAUAGUCCAAAGAAGAGAUAAAUAUCAACAUGUUGGCAGUCAAAUCCAGCCUUAUAUGUCACCUUUUAUCAAUGAAAUUAAAUUUAAAAAACUUUUUGCAGCUUCCAGAGAAAAAAAGUUUUCAAAUAAGCAAUUAUUUUCUGCUUUGAUUAAAGAACUAUUAGAUUUACAAGAGAAUGGUAUAAAAAUAAUGAUAGAUUCUACAGAGAUAACUAUUUAUUUUGCUUUAGGUCUGGUUUUAGGGGAUAACUUGGGAUUGAAUUCUAUUCUUGGUUUUGUUAGCAGUUUUUCUGCAAAUUUCUAUUGUCGCAUAUGUCGGUCACAUAAAUCAGAUAUGCAACAAAUGUGUGUUGAAUCUGAGCUUUCAAUUAGAAACAAACAAAAUUAUGAAGUCGAUCUUGCAACACAGAAUCCUUCCUUAACUGGUAUUAUUGAGCCAUCUAUUUUUCAUCAUAUUCCUUAUUUUCAUGUGACCAAUAAUAUUGUAUGUGACUUUAUGCACGACAUUCCGGAAGGUGUAGCACGCUAUGAUAUGGCUUUAAUUAUUAAUGGUCUUAUUGAACAAAAGUAUUUUAAAUUGGAGGAAUUAAACAAUAGAAUUAUAAUGUUUAACUAUGGUGUGACAGAAAAAAAAAAUUCUCCUCCAAUUAUUAGAGACACUGAUAUUAAAAAAGGUUGUAUUAUUAUGUCAGCAUCAGAAAUGCUGUGUAUGGUGAGAUAUUUUUGUUUGAUGGUUGGAGAGUUAGUCCCUUAUGAGUCAUUACAUUGGAAACUAUAUUUACUUUUACAUAGAAUAGUAGACUUGUGUUGUGCUAGAAAAAUACAACGUGAUAGUUGUAUUUUAUUAGAUUCCCUAAUUUCUGAACAUAACAGACUAUACUUAUUACUAUCUAAAAAAAAUUUAAAGCCUAAAUUUCAUUUACUAACACACUAUGGUAGAAUAUUGCAAAAAAAUGGUCCUAUUAUUUUUACUUCAAGCAUAAGGUUCGAAGCAAAACAUAAAGUAUUGAAAUCUAUUGCAAACGCAAUUCCUUGCCGUAUAAAUUUAGGUUAUACUUUGUCCUACAAAUUACAAUUACAGAUGGUGAUGCGUUUUCUUACUAAUGCUAGCCUUGGUGAAUCAGAUUUAAAACUAGGAUUGGGUAAAGAAAUACAUCUAUCUUUAGAAUUUCCUAGUAAUUUGAUUACCAAAUUACCAAAUGAACUCAAAUUAAAAUGUUUUUCGUAUUCAUGGUUGGAAUAUAAGGGAGUUUACUACAAAAAAAAAGUUCUAUUGGUUUUAGAAUCUAAUUUAGAUAAUUGCAUAUUUGGUGAAGUAAUUUUUAUACUUGUUGGUAAAUCUAAAAUUCCUUUUUUUUUAUUUAAACCUGUGUGCACAGUUGGUUUUGACUCUCAUUUUCAUUCAUUUGAAAUUAAAAUUGAUAAUUCUGAUAUAAUUAAUUAUACAGAAUUAAUUGGCUGUUAUAUUAGUGAAUUAUCUGAUACUACACCAACAGUAGCUCGUACGAUUGGCAAUUUUAAGACAUAUGCUACAUUAAGAUAUGCAACUUAA